AUGUCCGACCUCGACGCUGAUUUGUACGGCGACCUUUACGGCAACGAUGAAAACGAGUUUGUUGUCCCGACUGAUUCUACAGAAAUCGCUCCUGUAAAGGUAGAGCAAUACGAAUCGACAGACCCUCCACCGCCCGUGAAGUCAGAGCCCAUUCCGUCAAGCAUGUCAAGUCCUCCGAAGUCAAUACCAACAUUCGACUCAAAUCCCCUUUCUCCUACCUCGACCGCCCCCUCAGGCACAAGUGCCAUCCCCUCAUACACCUCACUCUCCACCCAACAAAUUCCGACAUAUCAAGAACGUCAACCAGAUUUCCGCGAACCCGCCCCUCCCCGACAUGAUACCUACCAGGGAGCCCCAGGGGCAGACCGGCCUGUUCGGCCGUCGGAGAUGAAGGAAGAAGGGUUAGUCGCUUUGUUCUCUCUCCUUGCUGACACGCGCAGUCGCAAUCCUUUCGGCGCGACGGGUUGGGUGUCGACGCGGAUGCGGUGGUUGAGAGGUGUCGUCAAUACGCCCGCAGUAGUCAACGUCGCCUCCAUCUAG